AUGGAGGAGGGCGGCCAGAGCCCCCGGGAGGAGGCGGCCGAGCCGCAGGAGUCUGGCGGCGACGCGGAGCCCGGCGGCGGCGGGCGGAGGGGUCUGCUGCUUCCCCCCGGUGACCCCCCGCACCCCCACCCGCACCCUCACCGCAUCACCAACUUCUUCAUCGACAACAUCCUGAGGCCCGAGUUCGGGCGGAGGAAGGAGGCGGGAGGCUCCGGCGGAGAACCCCGGCGGCCCGGCGCGGAAAGCCGCCGAAGCCCCGCCGCGGCGCCGGGCCCCGGGGCUCCGCUCCCCGGCGGCGGGGCAGGCUCGCCGGGCCGGGGGGAGGGCGGCCCCGCCGGGCUGGCCGUGCACGGAACCGCCAAGAAAGGGGGGGACCCCGCGGCGCUGGAGGCGGCUCUGAAAGCGCGGGGGUUGAGCGGCGGCGACCUGUCGGUGAGCUCGGACUCGGAUAGCUCCCAGGCCAGCUCCAACGCCGGGAACCAGCCCAUGCUCUGGCCCGCCUGGGUUUACUGCACGCGGUACUCGGACCGACCCUCCUCAGGUCCCCGCUCCCGCAAACCAAAGAAGAAGAACCCCAACAAGGAGGACAAGCGGCCACGCACCGCCUUCACCGCCGAGCAGCUGCAGAGACUCAAGGCCGAGUUCCAGACGAACCGGUACCUGACAGAGCAGCGGCGGCAAAGCCUGGCCCAAGAGCUGGGGCUGAACGAGUCUCAGAUUAAAAUCUGGUUCCAGAAUAAACGAGCCAAGAUCAAGAAGGCGACGGGCAGCAAGAACUCCCUGGCAGUGCACCUCAUGGCCCAGGGGCUCUACAACCACUCCACCACGUCGAAAGACGGCAAGUCGGACAGUGAAUAG